AACCGACAGUUAACCAUGCAGUGAAGAAAUACAAGCUGAAGCACGCAACUCAGCGCUACACUCUCUGGUCUACAUGCAGACGGGCUUGACUUAUCGUCCUUGGUUGUACGCAGAGUAGCUUCCCCUGUCAGUAGGCGAAUCGGGCAAAGAGUGGGCUUAUCACAAAUGGAAGAGAAAACAGAAAAUGGCGAUGUGCAAUUUACCAUCAUGGAAAACAAAGACUGGGUUGAGCGAUGGGAUGCUGCACAGAUUGGUUUUCACAAUACGUACAUCCACCCCAUGUUGCAGAGAAACAUUGGAAAUGUUAUUGGAGACCAAAAAAACCUGAGAGUAUUUGUUCCAUUAUGUGGAAAAUCACUGGAUAUAAAAUGGCUAGCAAGUCAAGGAUACACAGUGUUUGGUGUGGAACUUGCUGAAAAGGCCUUGCAGGAUUUCUUUCAAGAAAAUGAUAUACCUUUCACCACUGAGGCUGCCCCAUCUGUUGAUGGGAUAAUUUUCAAGAGUGAUGAUGGAAGAAUUAUUCUCUACUGCUGUGACCUGUUCAGAAUUUCUAAUGAUGUUGUUGGUCAGUUUGACAUUAUCUGGGACCGUGGCUCCCUAGUUGCAAUUAACAGAGAGGACAGAGAAAAGUAUGCAGCUUUAAUAAAAUCCCUGAUGGCCCCUGGAUGCAAGUAUCUUGCUUGCACAGUUGAGUAUGAUGAAACCAAGCAUAAAGGUCCACCUCAUAAUGUCACAGAUGAUGCAAUGCAAAAAUUAUAUGGGGAUACCUGUGAAGUGACCAAGGCUGACCGGGAGGAUGCCAUUGAGGACAAACACAGAGAAUGGGGCUUAACAUCAUUUUUUGAGAACCUCUAUGUCGUAGAGCAGAAGCACUCGUAGGAAAGCUGCCCCAGCAACCUUCCAAACAUAUUGAUAAAAUGAUGGCUGAAGGGAAAUAGACUUGACUACUUAUAAUUCAACUGCGCCAGGAUACUUGUUAGCAAAUCAAUUGUUAAAGGUUCAUAUUCAUGUGUAUGCCGUUGCUGGAGAAGUUCUAAUCAUAUUGUAAGCAGAUUUUUGUAUAUGAGUGUGUGUGUGCUCCUCAGUUUGGUCUGGAUUCUUUCUCACGCCUUCAUUUAUAUUUUCUAAAAACUUACAUAAUCAGGGUUUUUUUCUCCCUCAUAUCCAACAUGAUUAAUUUUACUGACCAUUCUAUAUUCACAGUUUGUAAUAAAAACUUGCAUUUCAAAAAUAUUC